AUGAAUCAAGGGGAUGUGAACGCAACGAGAGGACAGGAGAAGCACAAACGUGAUGAGGUCUCUAUGCUUCCAUUUGGUGUGAAACGGCCAAGAGAUUCUAUGGAAGAAGACUCCAUACCACUUCGAGAUGCUUUAAAAGCUUUUGGAGAUCGUGUAAACGUUAUUCAAACUGAAAUCAUGGCCUCUUCUAAUGACAUUUCCUUAGAUUGCCAAACCAAGAUAUGGAGUCUUGUUCUUGAACUACGGCCUUAUGUGCUUGCCGCACUUUCGUCUAAUAGUUUGGAGGUACCAGAAGAAAUGAAGAAAUUAUCUCAAGUAAAUCCACGGCGAGUGCUAAAGUACGUUUGGUCAGCCCUUCGACUUUACGUUAUUGUUGCCAGUAUAUCAGUUGUUGUUCCCGGUGUCCUUUUACACUGUGUGUUGACUGUCCUUUCUCUAUUACCUGUAAUAGGAGCACCAUCAUGGUCUGCCCCAACCGAUGAGAAGAAGUUUAAGAAAAUCAGUCACAUGUUUUUUUUGCUUUGUUACCGUUAUCCGUUGUUAUUUAAACAACUUCUUGACGUACUCUUACAAGAUGAGACCAUGGGUGUAUUUAUCUUUUCAGCAACACCAAACCGUCAAUCUUCACAAGGACACUGUACCAUUGUAAUUCCCAAUCCACCAGAGACUAUUGCCGUGCCAUGUGAUGGGCAAAAUUUGUUUAGAACUACCAUCAUUGCCGAGACAUCAUACGAGGCUGUUUCUGUUGCAUCUGGAUUCUGCAGUAUUAUGAGUUCGUUGUUUUUUCAAAACACCUCAUUGCAGUUAACAUUGCGGGAAAGAGGUAUUCUGAUUCGUUUAGCCUGUGGUUUACUUUCAGUAGAUUUACAUGAGAGUUUCGUAUCACGAUUAGGUACUGGCAGUCCGCUUACCCUUGAGAGAACUUCUAGUGGACAAGCACAAGAUGAGGUGGAUUCUGAUUUAUCGCUGAUGCUUUAUGAUACUGCGGGAUCGUUAUUGCAAUCCAUGUUGGUAAAUGGACUCCUCGUGAAGGUACUUCAUGGCCCUAUGCUUCUCUACACAUUGACCCAACACUUGUUUCACUCUGUACAAAUGAUAAAUAAUAAUAAUAAUAAUAGUAAUAAUAAUAAUAAUAAUAAUAAUAAUAGUCCACAGUUCGAAUGGGAGCUGAAGCUUCUCCGCUGGUUAACAGACAAAAAGGAUGACAAUGAUGCUUCAAUGAUUACGGUUCGAAAUAAGUACAGUGAAAGGUUUGUACAUUCAGAGACAAAGGAACCUCAUGUUCAGGCAUCGAAGUGGUUAGAUAUUCUCUUUUUGGAAAUAAAGAUGCCAGUCGAUAUAGUUUUUGCGCUCAUCGUGCAUUCUAUUAGAAAGGCCAGCCGAGACUCUAUUGAACUAGCUACUUUAUUUCUUGAAAUACUUCGAGAGGCGGUCUCACAUAAGAGUGGAGUAGAUAAAAUCAUUGAACAAACUUUCUGUGAAUUCGGUGUGGAUAUAAUGGAGGCAUUUCUGAAUGCACGGGUUGUUCCUCUCGAGUUGUGGUUUACGGACAUGUCUCCUCGGGUUGUUUUAUUGAAUCAAUUUCUAGAACUCAUCCCUCAUACUCUGAUAACACCAUUUAUUACAGAAUAUCUUGCCUGCGUGGAUAGUGAUCCUGAGAGUUCAACCGGGAAGAAACUAUUGGCUGCGGCGAAUGCUUCUCUUGUAUUCCGUGAGUCAUUAACAUCAAAUGUGAAUACACUUCAGAAGGCUUGUUUAGAACUAUUAAAUACGGGGAAUGAUGUUGUAUUAGAUGCAGUUGUGAUUUUCUUUCGCUUAAAUGAAUCAUCUCUUGUAGAGCAAGUGACAUUGGACUUUCUAAAGGAUUUGCUGACGAGUAGUAAAGUCUUAUGCCCUACAAAUACACCUUUGAGUAUUUCAAUUCUCUACGCAGAGAUGGUGAGAAGGUUACCAUUGAGCAAUAAUGCGUUUAUUCUUAUUAAAGAAGUAGUCGUUGCUUCUUGUUCUUUUAGUUCUACUAAAGAUAUUACAUCGUUAUGGCGUACCAUUGGUGUACUGCGUGGGUUUAGAGAACGUAUUGCGCAGCACUGUAAGCGUGAUGUGAGCGUUCCAUCCAUAUCACAACUUAAACAGGAUACUUCAAAGGGGAAGAGUAAUACUAUCAUGAUGGAUGCACUGGGAGAAAUUAGUAGUCUUCUUGAGUCUUUAUCUUCAUUCCUUCCAUGUAUUUCAAGUACGAGUGAAGGGAUUUGUAUGAAUGCAUUAUCAUUGUUUUGGGAGCAAAUACUGGAUAUUCUAACGAUAGCAAUUGGUUUUGCAGAACAAGUGCGUUCUACACAUUCUAGUCAAAUUAACAAAAGCAGCAGCAGCAGCAACAACAAGAACAAAGCAGCACAACAAACAGAAGUCUUUCUCGUGGACGAAGAAGAAAGUGAGGAAGCGGAACGUUCCUUAGAUGUUGGAGUUAUGGGAGAUGAUGUUCUUGUCAUUACACCAGCGAAAAAAAAAGAGCCUCCGCAGCGUCACUGUUCAAUGAAUGAAGAUGGAGUUACAGAUGGUGCAGAGUUGGUAUUGCGUGGUAUUAGUACUGCAGUGGAAACCGUUGGAUGGGCAGCACGACAAUUAUUUCUUUCGAUAACUUUUAAUGAAAAUGAUACACUUGGGGAAACACUACUUGCAGUUGUGUCUCUCUGUGUAGGUUAUUCUCAUGUAAAAUGGGAUACCAUGGAAGAACUAGUCUUUUCUCAUGCCUCCUGUCAUCAUUCAAGUGUUAUCCGAUGUGGUUACGCUGCCUUAUGCUUACGCCUGAUGUUUACACGUAGAGGUGAUGAUGAUAGUACUCCUCUCUUCUCUGAAAAGUUAUUAAAAUGUGGAGAAGAAAAUGAUGAAAGAUUGCCACUUCAUCUGGAGUCCUUGCAAGCAGCCUUUAGUGGAGAAUAUGAGAGUGUUAUACAACAAGGGGUUGGACACAAUAUAAAUUCUACCGGUGUAGAUGAUAUUCCACUCUAUCAUAUCUUCUCACCACAACAGGAGUGUAGUGGUACGAUAUCUAGUAUUUUACUUAAUCUCUGUAUUACUAUUUGGGAUAAGAACACGACGACGUUAUCUUCCAAGUUUGCGGCAUUGGAAGUAGCUCAUGCAAUCAUGGGUCAUAUGUCUUGGUCUGUGGAGGAUUUAUGCUGGUCCAGUAGUGAUAUAAUAUUCACAUCUUUCUUUAAAGCUAUUUGCAAUCGUGAAGAACGUAGUGUGAAGGUUGUUAUUGGUAGAAGUCUUAACGUUUUGCUUCCACCCGUUCUGCUUGCUGAAGACUGGGAAAUAAGAUUGCAGCGUAUUCAAGCUUUAAUAGAUGGAGGUCGAUUUGAAGAUUCUGAUCUUUUAGGGGUAUUAGCAUAUAUAUUGUAUAAUGACGCCAAGUCUCCACGUGAGGUUCAAGAGGCAAAAGCGCAAAAACUAUUUCCUCUUUUUCAUAUACCACCAAUGGAUUUACUUAACUUUCUCCAUGUUUCGCAAGGUCCACUUAUUGCGUUUAUCAUGUAUCUUGAGGGUGGUCGUCAGUUACAUGCGAUAGAGCGAACUACAAGCUACAGUAAUAAGAAUAAUAACAUUAGUGCAUUUGCGGAUCUUGAGAUUGCUGUGGGGAUGGUACUUCACAUUGGUCGCUGCAAAACCCUAGAAGAUAUUUGGCAGACAAAGAAGUCAUCACAAGGGAGAUCUAAUGAAAUUCCACAAACCUUAACCAAUCAUGUCUUUUCUUUCCUUGAUAAGGUGGCUAAUUUUGUUGGUAUUCAGAAUGAUAUCUUACAUGAAGGAAACUCUCCCUCUUUUUGUACGGUACGACGAUGGUUAUACAGUUUAACAUUAUUGAUACGAUUCCUUGGUAAUCAUGCCACUCUCAUCGCACCAAAGUUGUCUGCUAUUUUAGAACACUGCAGUACACAACCGAAAUUGGUUGAAGCGGUGUGUGAAGUAUGGCGGGAUCUCGUCACGAACUGCGCCGCCGAGUACCUCAGAGAACACUCCCCUGUUAUUGUUGUGGACCUGUUAAGUAUGGAGCACAUGACGGAGAGUAGUGGGGGUGCCACACUACCACUAUUAGAAGCAGCUAUACGAGUGGUGUACAAUAGUUCUUCAAAGGAACCUUUCUGGAAAUUGUGUUUUAAAGUAAUGGGACACACUAGUUUGCUUAUUCGUCGUUUGAAAAGUGGUGAACUGCAUACAAUUGUAGAAGCCGGAUCUGUGAUGGUGAGUGCAACAGGUAAAGAGAGUGAUGAUGUCUCCAUCGUUGCGGCUGGAUUCCUCUCGGUGAUGCAGUCAAGCUCAACAAAGUGUAAAGAAAUAUUUAUUCGAGCUCUUUUUCAAUAUCUCUCCACAACGGAUAGUACGGGGAGAAUGGAAAUGACUCGUGCUGCUGUUUCUAAUCCACAACUCGUUACAGCAUUACUUAACUGUGCCUGUGAGCUUAGACAAGAGUAUGUGCAGUAUGCCUUGGCGUGUGUGGGUAUGAUUGGGGCUAUUGCAGACUCUCAUGCUGUGGUGAUAUCUACAGAGCGUAAGGCAUUGGAGCAAGAUCACGUCACACUUACACCAAAGGAUGAUUCUUUCCCAUAUUCGAAGAAUGAGAUGUUUUUACCAGAAGAUGUACUCGAUUGGCGUAUUUUAGCUCAGAAACUACUGAGUGUACAUUGUUUACGAGCCCUUGCAAAUACAGCAGAUCCUACUAUGCAUGAUCGCGCUGCUUUUGCUGUUCAAGAGUUACUUCGUGUCUGUGCCAACGCUGAACGAAGUUUGAGAGGUUAUGGUAGACUUGAUGAGAAGGAAUUACUUCUUGAAAAAGAACUAGAGGAAUACACAUGGUGGUUAAAUAUGGAACCCACUUGUAAACAAAUGCUAUAUAGUUAUGCGAAUACCAAAUAUGGUGCUAAUGUGUUUCGAAAAAAAGAACCACGUAGUCCUGUGUAUACUACAGGGAUGAGUUUUUCUGAUUGGUUAAAAGAUUGGUUCUGUGAUCUUCUUGAACGUUGUAAUGGUGUUUUUGGAGAUAUGGUAGGAUCCUUACGUAAUAUGGCAAAGAGUGAUCAUGCACUUAUUUAUUUUCUUAUGCCUCAUAUUAUCCUUAACCUCCUCUUGGAAGGCAAUAUCGAUAAUGUGAAUGCCGUCGUCACAGAGAUUAACGUCUUGUUUAGUGCGGCUUGUAUGGUAUCCGUGCGUGAGAAUGAAAAGACCUUUUCUCUUCACUCACAGAGUCUUAUGAUGGAAGUUGCAACACCAGCGAUAUCCGCAGUUGGGAUUGAGGAACACUUACAACAAGUGUUUUGUAUUCUAGAACAUAUUGAAUUUUUAAGUUCCUUCUUACUUCGUGUCACGCAUCGUCUUGUUUCACUUAACAGAACAAAGGCGGAUGAAGCUGAAAUACGACGUAUUGUGGAAGUUUGUAGACAAUUUUUUACUCGAUUAGAAUGGACGACUAAAGUAAAGGUAGCUGUAGCUAUUAGAAGUAAUAUUCGAGCUCUGCGAUGUAUUGAAAGUCAACGUUAUUUACCAAGUGUGUUUGAUAUUAUUCAAAACAAUGUCUCACUUCAAAGUAUAUUUGCCGCUUUGGGAGAUAGAGAUUCAUCUCGAAGUCUUCACCGUACAUGUGAACAUCAGCCAGAAGAUACGGCAUUCUCGCAUGAAAAUAAUGGUGAAUGGAGUUUAGCUCUUCAAUCAUGCGAAUUGGUUCUACAGCGGAGUCCUAACAGUUGUUCGCAUCAAUUUACAGCCUUGAGAUGUAUGCAGCAACUUGGACAAUUACAUCUCAUGUCUCGUUACAGUCAGGCACUUCUCACACAUUACUCUCCCUCCUCUAAUGUGACUUGUACGCGAUGUGAGUUAUGCCGACCAGAAGAACUCGCUGCAUUGCAGAACUACGCGAAUGAAGCGGCAUGGCGUCUUGCUGAAUGGGAUAAUGUGCAAUCACACAAAGAUCUUCCUGUUAGUCUCGCUCUCCCUAUGCUUUCUUUCACGAAUCUACUUGAUAUGAAAGGUACCUUGCAGGAUGUUUUCUCUGCUUGCUCCUCUCAACGGCAGAGAAUAGCUCCUGUUGUACGUGCAGCGUGUCGUGAGAGUUAUGCACAGGUUUAUCCACAUGUUGUCUUUCUUCACGCCCUAACAGAUAUUGAAACUGCUGCGAAAUUUAUUACAGAUGUGCGAGUGGCUUCAAGAGAUCAAGAUGGAGAACUCGAUUCGUACAAGUGUAUUAUCACUAAGAACUCUAAGCAGUUACAAGAGUUUGGAUCUAUUCUACAAGAACGUGCUCGAUUUACGGAUACGACACUGGAAGCACAAGAGUUAUUAGUAUCUCUUCAGCGUUCCAUUUUUAGGGCCUUUAAUAUGAAAGAAGUAGUUACAAAGACAUGGAUGCAUUAUGCAAAACUAUUACGAAAUGAAGGAUUCUUAGAAACCGCUUUAAGUGUGGCAAAACAGGCUUAUUUAGAUGAUGGGUUUGUGGACCCAUCAUACUAUACGACAUUGGCGAAAUUACUACAUGAAAUGAAUAUGCCAGAACAAGCUAUAGAGUUUGCAGAAGAUGUCACCAACAAUACGGAUGUUCCAGUAACUACUAGAGCUAAACUUCGUGUCCUUGUUACGAGGUGGAAACAAGAAUUUGGUUACCAAACUUCUCAAGAGGUAAUUGCAGGAUAUGAAUCUGCCUUAAAAAUGAAUGCCUCAGAAAUGGCUCAUCAUUAUCUUGCACUAUUUUACGAUUCUCUAUAUCGCUCUGUACAGAAUUCUGCACUCGAUUCCGUUACAAUAACAGGGAAAUUAUCCGAUGAAAUGGAAAAUAAAAAGAAAGUAGAGAAUAUUGAGUCUUAUGUAUUACGGGCACUUGACCAUUUUGGAAUGGCGAUGCAGUUGGGAGGAAAGACAGUUAUAGUCUCACUUCCUCGUAUGCUUACUUUAUGGUUAAACUGCUCUGCACAACUUUCUAGUUUGGCUUCUGAUUCAAGUAUGAGUUCAAUGCUUCCUACUUCAGUAUUGCGAAAGAUAAACCAUAUGAUGGAACGUUAUCUACUAGAUAAUAACAGCAAGUUACCUGCGGCAUUUCUCAUAACAGCUUUACCGCAACUAUUGUCUCGUUUGGGAAAUGGUAAUAAUAAUGUGGUUGGUAUCAUCACAAAGACAGUGGUGGAUCUUAUGAUAACUUUUCCUCAGCAAUGCCUAUGGCAGGUGCUUCCUAUUGUUUUUAGUAGACUUGCUAACCGUAGUGAAGUGGCACGUCAAGAAAUAGUUGCUCAGUUUGUAAAGCGUGUACCAGCACAGAAGACUCUUGUGAGUAAUAUGUCUGCAUUAUUUAAAUCUCUAAUUGAACUUUGUAACUGCUCUGCUACUACGUUACUUGGUGGUCGAUCUUCACCAUCUGCAUCACUUGAUGGACAGCCUUUUAUUCAAAAUAUCCAGGAAAUGUUACCUAAGGCGGGAAUUAUUUUACCAAUAAUGGUAAAUUUAUCACCAAAUGCCAUUGGAGUAUCAAAUAGCAAAGAAGUUUUUAUUGGUACUGCAACAUUUCAUAGCUUUGGAAGUCGUGUUGAUAUUAUGAGUUCACUACAAAAACCGAAACGUAUUGUUGUAAUAAGUAAUGAAGGCAAACAAGUCUCUUUUCUUUGUAAAUCACGUGAUGAACCUCGUAAAGAUAUGCGUAUGAUGGAAAUUGCAUCAUUAAUGAAUACUUUUUUCCUUAGUGAUCCAGAAGCGCGGCGUAAACGAUUUUCAUUGCGUCGUUAUUCAGUUGCUGCCCUUUCUGAUGACUGCGCCAUUAUUGAGUGGGUCAAUAACCUUAGCCCCUUUCGCAAAGUUGUGGAGGGAUGCUACGUGAUGGAUGGUACGGGUGUUCGUAUCUCACAAGUAAAGGCGUGGAAAGCCAAGGUAGACAGCGGUACUCUCAGUAAGUGGGAUAUGUUUGAGAAGUAUAUUCUUCCUAGAACACGACCUGUUUUGCAUAACUGGUUUCACAGUAGUUUUUUUAGUCAUCAAGAAUGGUAUCAGGCUCGUGCCAUUUACACUCAGGCCACUGCACUGUGGAGUAUUGCAGGUCAUAUUGUUGGUCUUGGUGAUCGACAUGGUGAAAACUUAAUGUUGGAUUUGCGAAGAGGGGAAUUAAUGCACGUAGACUUUGCUUGCAUGUUUGACAAGGGUGAGUUGCUGGAAGUACCGGAAAGGGUUCGGUUUCGCCUCACACAAAACGUUGUGGAUGGGAUGGGUGUAUUGGGGGUUGAUGGUCCUUUCCGCGCUUGCUGUCAAGUGGCCCUGCGAUGCCAAAUGAAGAACAAAACAGCUGUGAUGAGUAUUGUGGAAACUUUACUGCAUGAUCCACUGGUUGAGUGGACGCGGCAGUCAUCUAAUCGGCAGAGUAACUUUGAUCCAAAGCGACUCAUUGAUCGCGUAUCACGGCGGCUCGAUGGCUUUCUCGAUUUAUACACCAGAAACCACGAGAAGGAUACGUUGGCACUCGGCUGCGAGGGUCAAGUCUCUCGCCUUAUCAGUCACUCUUCCUCACUUGAAAAUCUUUCGGAGAUGUAUGUGUGGUGGAUGGCGUGGUUGUAA